GCACCUUUGGCACAUGUUACGACGAUACACGUAAAUCGUUACUACAGAAUGUGAUCUAAAAGGGACGAAAAAAGAAGAAGAAAUACAACAAAAACCAUUUUGGGUGAUAAACUCACCGUGACGAACCUGAGGUGCGCUUAAUGUGUUCCCUCGCGAGAGAUGUAUCGAUCGACAAGGCGCGCGCACAUUUUACGAGUUUUGCAUUGGUCGUGUGGGCGUGACUGGGAGCCGGUGCCGAGUCAUCCGGUGGGACGGGACCCGUACGCAACGGCCAGGGCUCCAGUUCAAUAGUCUUUCGUUGUACAACAGCACCAUGCGACACCUUUUAUGGAUCCGACACCUCCGAAAAAAUAAACAGCGUAUUUAAAUCGAACGGUGCCACAUUAUUGUGCGUUUAACGGGAGUUUCGCCAGAAAACUUGGUACAGGUGACUGCCGGCCGGUCAUGCUGUUGCCCUCGGACAUGUUGGCCACACAAUCAAAAAUGUUGUACCAAUUGAAUAAAUACUACGUAGAACGAGUAGAGACGAGAAAGUCGAGCACCGCAAAGGCUAUACGUGAGGUGUGCAAAGUCGUGCAAACGGUAUUGCACGAAGUGGAAGCGCAAGAACCUAGGUUCAUUUCAUCGUUGGCAGAAUGCAACGGCCGUUACGAAGGUCUCGAGGUCGUGUCGCCAACCGAGUUCGAGAUCGUGUUGUACCUGAACCAAAUGGGCGUUUUCAAUUUCGUGGACGACGGGUCUUUGCCCGGAUGUGCGGUGCUCAAGCUAAGCGACGGCCGCAAGAGAAGCAUGAGCUUAUGGGUGGAAUUUAUCACGGCAUCAGGCUAUCUGUCCGCCAGGAAGAUCCGGUCGAGGUUUCAAACUCUAGUCGCUCAAGCCUGUGACAAGUGCAUUUAUCGGGAUAUGGUGAAAAUGAUGUCUGACACGGGUGAGGUAAAACUUCGCAUAAGAGAUAGAUAUGUAGUGCAGAUCACACCGUCGUUUAAAUGUGCGGGUGUUUGGCCCAGAUCGGCGGCUCACUGGCCCGUGCCGCAAUUAACGUGGCCGCAUCCCAACUUGAUCGUCGAGGUAAAAACCGAGGGAUUCGAUCUACUGUCCAAGGACAGCGUUAUUAUGCACGGCAAGCAGAACUCGAUGGAAGGUGACGCUUGGGUCAUGUCUUUCACGGACGUAGAAAACAGACUCCUAUACGGCGGGUGUAGGAGACGCUGCCUGAGCAUACUGAAAACUCUUAGGGACAGACAUUUGGAUCUGCCCGGCAACCCAAUCACCAAUUAUCACAUCAAAACUCUUUUGCUAUAUGAAUGCGAAAAACAUCCCCGGGACAUGGAAUGGGAAGAGACCAGUAUAGCGGAUAGGAUAAACGGCAUUCUGUUACAGCUAAUCUCGUGUUUGCAAUGCAGACGAUGUCCUCACUAUUUUAUACCGCAUUUGGAUCUAUUCAAAGGCAAGACACCGGCCUCAUUGGAAAGUGCCUCCAAACAUGUCUGGAGACUCAGUCGCGAGAUAAUUACGAACUCGAGGGCUUUCGAUAAACUGUAGAGAAAUUGGGUUGCUCGCGACAUCUACCUAGUCUUAACAAUUCAAUACUGAGCUAUACAAGCAAAUACCAGUCUAAGUCAUGAUAAAUAGGUUUAGAAAUUUAGUCAGACAUAUAACACAAGACACAUUUAUUGUUUUUUUCCUAUGUAUAUAAUAAAAUAUUUAUUCAUAAUAAAUGUAAGACAAUGUAGUAAAAAAUUGAGCAAUUGAUAAUAUUGCUUAUCUUUUGUAACGUUUAAACGUAUAAAGUCGAAAUUAAGAACAUUACAAUGUAUUAAAAUAAAUAAAAUAAUGUGCAAUAUUAGUCAGUAAAAAGUUUUUUUUUUUUUUUGUUGUUUUUAUAAUUUGUUACCUACAUGUAAUUUUCUGCUUAUAAGCCA